UCUACUAUUUUAUUUUUUUUUAUUGUAAAAAAAUAAUUUAGAACUAAUUUAGAAUAAUUUAGAAUUAAGUGUUUGAUUUUGUAAUUAGAUGUUUAAGUUAUAAUUACUAAAAUAAAAAAGAAGUUGAUUUCAAACAUUCUCAAAAAUGGAUUUCUUAGAAUAUACCGAUGUAAUUGCAGAAGUUAAAGGAGCUAUGACUCCUGGACGAUUAAAACUCACAGAUCAACAUUUGAUUUUCAAAAAUCAAAAAACAGGAAAAGUUGAACAAAUUUCAGCGACAGAUAUGGAAAUGGUAAAUUAUCAGAAAUUUAUUGGUACCUGGGGUCUUAGAAUAUUUCUCAAAAAUGGAACAUUACAUAGAUUUCGUGGAUUUAAAGAAGGUGAUCAAGAAAAAAUUGCAAAAUUCUUUACUCAAAAUUAUAAAAAAGAUAUGCUAGAAAAAGAACUUAGUUUAAAAGGUUGGAAUUGGGGCACAGCUAGGUUUAAUGGUUCUGUAUUAAGUUUUGAUGUUGGUCAUCAUACUGCCUUUGAAAUUCCAUUGUAUGAUGUAUCGCAAUGUAACACUGGUAAAAAUGAAGUUACAUUGGAAUUUCAUCAGAAUGAUGAUGCUCCUGUAAGUUUAAUGGAAAUGAGAUUUCAUAUUCCGGUUAGUGAUAGUGCAGAUCAAGAUCCAGUAGAAGCAUUUCAUCAACAAGUUAUGGAAAAAGCAUCUGUUAUUAGUGUCAGUGGAGAUGCCAUUGCCAUAUUUAGAGAAAUUCAAUGUCUUACACCUCGUGGUCGUUAUGAUAUAAAAAUAUUUCAAUCAUUUUUUCAAUUACAUGGAAAAACUUUUGAUUACAAGAUUCCAAUGUCAACUGUUUUAAGGCUAUUCUUAUUACCACAUAAAGAUAAUAGACAAAUGUAUUUUGUGGUCAGUUUAGAUCCACCAAUUAAACAAGGUCAAACACGAUAUCAUUAUUUAGUAUUAUUGUUCAAUCAAGAAGAAGAAACUUCAAUUGAAUUACCUUUUUCUGAAAAAGAACUAAAAGAAAAAUAUGAGGAUAAAUUACCAAAAGAAUUAUCUGGACCAACUUUUGAAGUUUUAGGAAAAGUAAUGAAAGUCAUUAUUAAUAGGAAACUUACUGGUCCUGGAAAUUUUAUUAGCCAUUCUGGAACACUUGCAAUUAGUUGUUCUUUUAAAGCAGCUGCAGGUUAUUUAUAUCCUUUAGAAAGAGGUUUCAUUUAUGUUCAUAAACCACCAAUUCAUAUUCGUUUUGAAGAAAUUGCAUCAGUUAAUUUUGCCCGUGGUGGAGGUUCUACUAGAUCAUUUGAUUUUGAAAUUGAAUUGACUAGUGGUGUUGUUCAUACAUUUAGUAGUAUUGAAAAAGAAGAAUAUGGGAAACUUUUUGAUUUUAUUACUUCCAAAAAAUUAAGAGUGAAGAAUAGAGGCAAGAGUGAUAAAUUAAAUUAUGAUAAUGAUUUUGGAGAUAGUGAUCAAGAAGAUGAACCAGAUGCUUAUUUAGCAAGAGUUAAAGCUGAAGCAGAAGAAAGAGAUGCAGAAGAAAAUCAAGAUUCUGAAGAGGAAUCUACCGAUGAAGAUUUCAAUCCUAAUCAAGAUGAGAGUGAUGUAGCAGAAGAAUAUGAUAGUAAUCCAAAUAGUUCAGAAAGUGAAAAUGAUUCAGAUGUUUCUGGAAAAAGUCAAAAAAAAGAAAAGAAGGAAAAGAAAGAAAAGAAAUCAAAAUCCGCUAAAACUGUGUCAGAAAAACCAAGGAAACCUCGAAAACAAAAAAAAGAAAAGGAUGCAAAUAAACCAAAGAGACCACCAACUGCAUUUAUGAUGUGGUUAAAUAGUGCUCGGGAAAGGAUUAAAGCUGAAAAUCCUGGAAUUGCAGUUACAGAAAUUGCAAAAAAGGGUGGAGAAAUGUGGAGAGAACUUAAAGAUAAAUCUGAAUGGGAACAAAAAGCAGCAAAAGCAAAGAAAGACUAUUCUGCAUCAAUGAAAGAAUAUGAAGCCAGUGGAGGUGGUCAAAAAGAUAAAAAAGAAAAGGGAGAAAAGAAAAAAAAAGAAAACAAAAAAGAAUCUCCUAACAAGCUUAUGUCAGGAACUAGUUUUAAAAGUAAAGAAUAUAUUAGUGAUGAUGAGAGCAGUAGUGAUGAGGACAAUAAGAAAUCAGAAAAGAAAGGAUCGGAUGAAGAUAGUGAUAAAGAAAAAAAAAAAGGAGAUAAACGUACUGCGGAAGAUGAUGAUAAAAAGGUGAAGAAAGGAAAGAAAGAACAAUCUGAUGAAGGUAGCGAUGAUGAACCUAUUGAAAGUACUCCACCUUCUAGCGAAGCAGAAUUUAAAGAUAGUGAUUAAUUAAUUAUAUUUUGUAAUUUUUUUUUUAGUUUUUUUUUAUAUACAAGUAUGUAUUAUUUAUAUUUUUAAAAAUAUUAAAAUGUGUUCUAUAAAAUAAAAUAACAUAUUG